AUGGAGGGCGACGUGGUUUCUCAGUUCCAAGAGAUUACAGGCUCUACUGCAGAGCUUGCAACUCAAUAUUUAGAAGUUGCAGAUUUCGAUAUUCAACAAGCGAUGCAGCUCUACUUUGAGAAUGGCGGGGCAGAGUUAGGACCGACGCAACAGCCCGCACCCGCCGCAACUUCUCAUCCUAGCGGUCGUGGCGACAACGCUAUCCAUAUAGAUUCGGAUGAUGACGAUAUUACGAUCGAUGAAACUCGCUCGUCGGCCCCGUCGCGCCAAGAUGCCCAAUCCACAUUUGAAGACGAUGCCGCCAUGGCUCGCCGGUUACAAGAAGAGAUGUACGCUGGUGGCGUGGACGACGUGCGAGCCCCUAUUGCCAGGACGACAGAAACACUUGUUGGUCCCGGGGCAGAGGGCUACGGAGAUUUCGAUCCCAUGAGCCAUUUUAGGAUGCGACAAGGUGGUAGAAACAGUCGUCCGGGCAUAUUCAACCAACGUGACUCGUCUAUCUGGGAAGAGAGCUCUGAAAAUGCAGCCGCAGCACAACGAACUGCUCUCUCGCGAGCCACCGGAGGUGCUUCAGAAACGUCGUCCAAAUCAACCUUGCUAGCUGAUAUGUACCGACCGCCGUUCGAUCUGAUGUCUAGACUCCCUUGGGACGUAGCUCGUGAGGAGGGCCGAGAGAACGAAAGAUGGUUGCUUAUCAACAUUCAAGAUCCGUCCAUAUUUGAUUGUCAAAUCUUGAACCGUGACCUUUGGAAAGACCCAGGAGUGAGGGAUACAGUCAAAGAGAAUUUUAUAUUCCUGCAAUACAACAAGGACGAUGAAAGGGGUAUGCCCUACUUGCAAUACUACUUUCAAGGAAGCGAUGUAUCAGACAAUUAUCCACACAUCGCCAUUGUCGAUCCUCGCACUGGAGAACAAGUCAAAGUGUGGUCUGGGCCCCCAGUCAUCAAAGCCUCGGAUUUCCUCAUGCAGCUCCAUGAAUUUCUAGAUCGAUACAGUCUCAAACAGAACGCCCGCAACCCCGUCGCGAAACGAAAACCCGACGUUCCUAAAGAAAAGAAAAUAGAGUCGAUGACUGAAGAAGAAAUGCUGGAGAUGGCGCUCAAGAAUAGUCUCGAAGGAGCUGGUACUGCUGAGAGGUUGGCUGAUCCGGAUGAGCUGACCCGAAGCAUUGGUGAUCUCAAGGGCAAAGGAAGAGCCGAAGAUAGCGAGGAAAUGUCAUUGGCAGAAGAAGAAGAAGACGAGGAAGUGACUAAAGAGGAUGCUGGUGUUUCUGCCUUCCGAUCUAUUCCUUCAACUCAUAUUCACACGGAGCCACCCGCCGAUCCCGCCACCACGACGCGUAUUCAGUUCCGCCAUCCUUCUGGUAGGGUCAUUCGUCGGUUUGCCCUUGCAGACCCCGUACGACGAAUUUACGAAUGGCUUAAGUCAGAGCCACCUCUUGAGGAGAAGGCAGGAGUCGUAUUUGAGCUCAAUGCAAUGGGCAAGAACCUAAUUGACGAGCUUGACACGACCAUCCAAGACGCUGGUCUGAAGAAUGGUACAGUGAUGAUAGGAUACUUGGAGGAUUGA